AUGUCUGGAAUUCUUCAUACAAGUGAACAAACUUUGGGACGGUGCAUGUGCAUCAUCACAGGAGCAUCAAAGGGUUUCGGACGUGCACUUGCACACCUCGUGUUAUACAAUCUCAAGCCGGGCUCAGGGCUCCUGCUGGUGGCACGCUCCAGACCUUUGCUCCAGGAGCUGAAAGAAGAACUGCUGCAAAGCCUUGAGGGCAUGCAGAACCUCACUAUUGACUAUACAGCGGUAGAUCUCAGCACCAAAGAGGGCGUGGAGAACAUCGUGGACAUGGCAAAACAGAUGAGUCUUAAAGAAUUAGACCAUGUGCUGCUUGUUAAUAAUGCUGCCUCAUUGGGGGACAUCUCCCCAUUUGAGAGCUUCACCGAGCUCAACCGGGUCAACGCCUACCUUGCUCUUAACAUCAGCUCUGUGUUGGCGCUGACCGCCGGAGUGUUGCAGGCCUUUCCGCCACGAGCCAGAUUGCGCUGGAGUGUGGUAAACUGCUCCUCAACAUUUGCGCUUCAGGCGCGGCCCUCUUGGGUGCUCUACUGCACUGCCAAAGCAGCCAGGGAGAUGAUGUUCAGGGUACUGGCAGUUGAAAAUCCCAAAGUCAAAGUGCUCAGCUACUCACCAGGGCCAAUGGACACAGAGAUGCAGAGGGAUAUUCAGAGACUGACAGGCAUCCAGUAUCACCUUCACCCAUGCAGGGAAUCUGCAACCAAGCUGAUGAGGGUUCUUUUAGACAAUGACUUUGCCACAGGAUCUCAUCUUGAUUUCUUUGAGUUGUGA